AUGUCGCAGAGACGGGAUCGAUUGAGGUGGGUGGGGAGUCGAGAAGAAGUUGGCGUGUCAGGUUUAUAUGCUGAGGCGGAGCGCGCUGCAGGCCGCCGUGAGAGUGAACAAAAAUGGUCGCGGAAAUGUCCCGAAGCGUGGUGGUUGCCUGCGCUGGCACUCGAAGCUCUAACCCUGCCCCUACAAACACUCCAAUUGAAGCGCGACAGUUGCCUUGAUGAUCGUCCAGAGCUUCACUCAAUUACGCGACAGGAAGGUUUCGCCUAUUUUAAUGCUGGGGAAAUGCCAGAUGCGUACCUGCCCAGUGGCCGACCCCCGGCUGUGACGUCGUCUUGGUGA